AUGUUGAAAAGUCUCAUGCUGCUUGCCCUGGCGCAAGUCUCAGUCGCAGAGUGGAAGUAUGCCAUAGACAAGAAAAGUUGCAAGGACGGCAUGUAUGACCAGGUCAAAUUCUACAUGGAUCAAUCCCAAGCCCAAUCGCAGCGGGUCGUCGACGCAUUGGGUCCGUACCUUGACGAUCCGAACAACAAGCCAGAUGAUCGCAUCUUGGCUCAGAUGAGACAGUUGUUUCCUUCAGAUGGCGUACCCACCGCCCGGCUGUUACAUGGGAUCUACCAGAAGGUCACCAAGUACGCCUAUCAAGACGUGGACAUCUGGGCGGAUGAAUACAGGCAAGGGAGAGACAAAGGAGACCUGGAGAUCUUCUGCAACGCAGACCACGUUGUGGAAGACCCCAACAACCCCGAGAAGAACAUCAAGUGGCGUGAUACAGCACAGGACCUGCCCGUUACCGACAAAGAUGGCAUUUUGAGUCUGAAGAACCCCCUAAGCUUCACAUUGGCGGUCACAAAGGACUCGCGUCCGAUAUCGCGUGAGCAACCUUGGCCGGAACACUCACCCGAGUACAUUGCGUUCCACCCCCGCUACAUGAAGAAGAGCACAGAAAAGAACUCAAUGCUCAAUCACGAUCGUGUCGAGAAGGCAGCCUACCCCUCGCUUUGGGACAAGGUCAAAGUGAAGCUGCCGGGGCUCGAUUUCGGAGCUGUUGACAUUCUAGCUACGCCUGAGCUCACGAUGCUGCAUGAGUUGACUCAUUUGCUUGCAGUUGCAGAUGCGGUAGACUCGGAAGGAAGGAACAGUUACGGGUGGCUGAACUGUGUUAGGAUGAAGAGCUUCAAGAAUGCUGCCUGGCCUACUUCGCCCUGGUAG